AUGCCGCAACCACACUCUACAAGCUCACAUCUAACGACCUUCCUGAUCGUCUUCAUCUUCGUAAUCGCGCUAUUCCCAGGCCUCUUUGUCGGCAUAUUCUGGGCGCCCUACAACAGCCUCGCAAACUACCUCGUACCAACACCCCAACCGCGCGCAAGCGUACUGUGCAAGAGUCCGAACGUCUGCACCUCCGUACCAAUCAUGUCUUGGGCACAGAAAUCCCUCACCCUCCCCAGCCGGUCGCGCGGCUCCUACCUCAUCACCGACCACAUCCUCAAAGAAGUCCCCGAGAUCAAGAACUACAAGACUGGCCUGCUGAACCUCUUCAUUCAACACACAUCGUGCGCGCUGUCUUUGAAUGAGAACUGGGAUCAGGAUGUUCGCGCGGACAUGAGCACAGCGUUGGACCGCAUUGUACCGGAGGACAAGAAGGGCCAGGGGCUGUACCGCCAUGAUGCAGAAGGCAGUGAUGACAUGCCCGCGCAUGUCAAGUCUGCGUUGAUUGGCGCGAGCGUCACGAUUCCGAUCACAAAUGGAAAGCUGAACACGGGCACAUGGCAAGGUAUAUGGUACCUGGAGUUCAGAGAUUCGAAGCACACACGGAAGGUGGUUGCCACGAUUCAGGGAGAGAAGAUGUGA